AUGGAUUAUAGUACGGCUUUCAAGUCACUUACUAAAGGAAUGGACGAGUUUAAGGCCCCUGUGGUCAAAGGACUCAAAAAGUCGUCCUCGAGUGCAGAAUCCAUCGAUCAUUGUGAUUACAGUACUAUCCCAUACAACUGUGUGAAAGCGUUUCUCUGCAAAUCACCUCGAGUUCAGAAAUCGCGCUUUCCACCAAUUUUUUCAUUCGAAUCCCUUCUGAAAUCUCCUUACAAUUUUCCACCUGACACGACUGAUAUUUUGUCCACUUUGAAUUAUGCUAAACCUAUGCCAGUGCAAACGGAAGUCAUUCCAAUAUUCCAUGAGGGACAUAAUAUGCUGGUUGGCUCACCAACAGGCUCCGGAAAAACAGCCGCCUACCUUCUCCCGAUUUUGAAUUUUGCUGCUUGUGCUAAAAUUGGUUCGAAUUCACAGAAGAAGCACACUGUUCAUCCAUAUGCUAUUAUUCUCUCUACCACACGGGAACUUUUGGGCCAGAUUUGGACGGAGGCGAUAAGAUUGGGUCAGAACUUGUUUCCAAAACACGGGAAGAUCGCAAUUCUUCGUCGUAACCACUAUGGACUGAGGAAGAAGCAGAGUGAGGAAAAGAAAACCAUUUCGAAUAAGACGCGUGAAUUGCGUCUGCCUUCGGAUACGAAGGUUCUUAUUACAACGCCGAAGCGGUUGGUGAUGUUGUUAACAAAGACCGGAAAACAGUGUCCUAUUAGCUUCACUAGGUACGCUUUACUGUUAUUCUCUAAAUUCGUGGUUAUCAUCAACGUCUGUCUGCGCUGGCUAGUGAUCGAUGAGUGUGACAAAAUGCUCGAAUCAAACAUUGGCGACAACGCCGCCAUCCUCCGCGCCUUUCGGUCCCAACUCACUGCCAUUCUCCACAGCAUUCGCGUUGAUGCCACUAAAUUUCCUAACGUUGCACUAUUCUCCGCCACCUUGACCCCUCCUGUUGUUGCUUGGGCAACAGAAGAACUCGGGAGGACCGACUCUUCACUUUCGAGAGGUCUAGUGAAGGUCCAACUGGGCGAUUGUAAUGCGGCAGUCUCAUUGGUACGACAGGAACUACGCUACUGCGGUUCGGAGCAAGGCAAAUUGCUGGAAUUGCGCAAAAUGCUCAUUGACGGCCUCAUAUAUCCCUGUCUCAUCUUCACUGAGUCUCGACAACGAGCUACCGAUCUGUUCAGGGAGAUUGUUCUCUGUGAUAAACUGAUUCUUGUCGGUAUUCUCUCCAGUGAAAAGAGUGAAGCACAGCGUAUUGCUACAGUGAAGGCUUUUCGUGAAGGCAAGGUCAAUGUCCUCAUUUGUACCGACCUCCUCGGUCGAGGCAUGGACUUCAAGAGCUUGAUGAUGGUGGUGAAUUACGAUCUUCCACCCUCUCCUGUUGAAUACAUUCACCGUGUCGGUCGAACUGGACGGGCUGGCCGUGCGGGUGGACGUGCAGUCACCCUGUGGACGGACGCUGAUCUGCCCCACAUGGACUCUAUUCUGGACGUGAUGAGUAGAAGUGGUGCAGAAGUAGACCCAGAUCUUCGACGUCUUGUGGCAGCUUGGAAGGCAAGAAAAGCGAAACAGACGCAUGCACGCGCGCUGGGAGGAGUGGUCUCCCAACGCAAAGGUGAACGUAAACUGGCCGCCAAGGUGGCGUUGAAGAAGUCAAGAGGCGAAUUUAAUCGAGAGCGAGGCCUUCUCCGACCUUGGAAUCCGCACCGGGAGAGUAUCACUGACGUGCCGGGGUCAAAAUUUCGCGACCUCAAGAUAGCGAAUGGUGAAUCGAUGGUUGGUGGUGGGAGAAGGGCAAAGAAGAGGAAGAGAGCUGUCAAAAAGACAACUUAA